AUGGCUGCCGAAGAGCCUGCGCCACCUGCUGCGCCGGUCCCGGCGGACCCGGCGAAGCCCCAGAAGAAGCGCUCCCCCAAUCGCUUGGUUGUGGAGGAAGCGCUGAAUGACGACAAUUCGGUAAUCUCUCUGUCGCAGGCAAAGAUGGAGGAGCUGAACCUCUUCCGUGGCGACAAUGUCCUGAUCAAGGGCAAGAAGCGCAAAGACACGGUGUGCAUCGUGCUGGCCGAUGAGAACUUGGACGACAGCAAAAUCCGCAUGAACAAGGUGGUUCGCAAGAACCUGCGCGUGCGCCUGGGCGACAUCAUAUCAGUGCAUGCAUGCGGGGACGUGCCCUAUGGGAAGCGAAUCCAUGUGCUGCCCCUUGACGACACCAUUGAAGGAAUCACAGGCAACCUGUUCGACACGUACUUGAAGCCGUACUUCCUGGAGGCUUAUAGGCCCGCACGCCAGGGUGACCUCUUCCUGGUGCGAGGAGGUUUCCGUCCGGUGGAGUUCAAGGUGGUGGGCGUGGACCCUGGUGAGUUUGUGAUCGUGGCCCCCGACACGGUGAUCCACUGCGAGGGCGAGCCAGUGAAGCGCGAAGACGAGGAACGCCUUGACGACGUUGGCUAUGACGACAUCGGUGGCUGCAAGAAGGCCAUGGGCCAGAUCCGUGAGAUGAUUGAGCUGCCCUUGCGCCACCCAACUUUGUUCAAGACACUGGGAGUGAAGCCUCCACGCGGUGUGCUGUUGUAUGGUCCUCCGGGUAGUGGCAAGACUCUUAUUGCCCGAGCCAUUGCAAAUGAGACAGGAGCUUUCUUCUUCCUGAUCAACGGCCCCGAAAUCAUGUCCAAGAUGGCAGGCGAGGCAGAGUCCAACCUUCGCAAGGCGUUCGAAGAGGCCGAGAAGAACUCGCCGGCCAUCAUCUUCAUUGAUGAGAUCGAUUCAAUUGCUCCCAAGCGAGACAAGACCAGCGGCGAAGUGGAGAAGCGGGUGGUGUCCCAGCUGUUGACACUCAUGGAUGGCAUCAAGGGGCGAGGGCAAGUGGUGGUGAUCGCAGCCACCAACCGACCGAACUCCAUUGAUGCGGCGCUGCGUCGUUUUGGCCGAUUCGAUCGAGAGUUGGAUAUCGGAGUGCCUGAUGACAAUGGCAGGCUGGAGAUUCUGCGAAUCCACACCAAGAACAUGAAGUUGGCCACGGACGUGAAGCUGGAGGAGGUUGCGUCCAACACACACGGCUUCGUGGGAGCAGACUUGGCGCAGCUAUGCACAGAAGCCGCACUCACAUGCAUCCGCGAGAAGAUGGACCUCAUUGACUUGGAGGAGGAGACCAUUGACGCGGAAGUGCUGGACUCGAUGGCGGUGUCGCAAGACCACUUCAAGUCUGCAAUGGGCACCGUGAAUCCUUCAUCUCUCCGUGAGACCGUAGUUGAAGUGCCAAACAUCAAGUGGGACGACAUUGGAGGCUUGGAGGACACCAAGCGGUCCUUGCAGGAAACCAUCCUUUAUCCCAUUGACCAUCCGGAAAAGUUCGAAAAGUUUGGCAUGCAGCCUUCCAGAGGGGUGCUGUUCUAUGGGCCUCCGGGCUGUGGCAAGACGUUGCUGGCCAAGGCAGUGGCAAGUGAGUGCUCUGCCAACUUCGUGAGCAUCAAGGGCCCCGAGCUUUUGACCAUGUGGUUCGGUGAGUCCGAGGCCAACGUGCGAGAGGUCUUUGACAAGGCACGUGCAGCCGCGCCAUGCGUGCUGUUCUUUGACGAGCUGGAUUCGGUCGGCACAGCUCGUGGAUCGAGUCAGGGAGAUGCAGGAGGUGCAGGUGACCGUGUGAUGAAUCAGCUGCUCACCGAGAUUGACGGCGUUGGUGCGAAGAAGAACGUGUUCUUCAUUGGUGCCACGAACCGCCCUGAGCUGUUGGACGAGGCCUUGCUGCGUCCAGGCCGACUGGACCAGCUGAUCUACAUCCCUCUUCCCGAUCUGCCUGCGCGACAAGGCAUCCUGGAGGCUACCCUCAAAAAGUCGCCCAUUGCACCCAACGUGCCGCUGUCCUUCAUCGCGCAGAAGACUGAAGGCUUCAGCGGAGCUGACCUUGCAGAGCUUUGCCAGAGAGCUGCAAAGGCAGCCGUGCGUGAUGCCAUUGCAGCUGACGAGCUGCGAGCAGGUGACGAUGAUGCCAUGGACACCACUAUGGGCUCUGAGAUCAGCCGCAAGCACUUCGAAGAGGCCUUUGCAGGUGCGCGACGGUCGGUUGCAGGCUCUGACCUUGCAAAGUAUGACCAGUUCAGGAAGAAGUUCGACCCUGUGUACAUGAACUCCACCGCAGGUGGCGCCAGCGGCGUGGUCAUCAAUUGGCCUGAUGACGUGGGUAUCGGAGCCAGCGCCGCAGCUGCAGACGACGACGACGACCUCUACGGCUAA